AUAAACAGUGUAUGAAAUAAAGGCUUCAGUAUUUAAAUCGAGGGAAUAUUUUUGAUAGAGAAUAUUAAUCAGAUGAAGAGGUCAUAUGGAACUUUGUUCAUUCACCGUGUUCAGUGGUCAAGGUUACCUUGGUGUCCUCAAUAUUCAUCUAAUACCAACUUUCAUUGUUGAGAUGAUCCAGGAAAUUAAAUGGCCACAAAUUAAAACGUGAUUUUCAUUUAAUCUUCGAAAAUUAGAGAGAUGGAGAUUGGAACAUUUAUUGCUCGUAAAGAAUGUUCCACGUCUAAGAUUGGCCAGGUUUUAGUUCUAGACAUAGGGAUCAACAUUUAGAUACAUGUACUAGUAUCCUGGAGUCAUAGGAAAACAGACCCGGCUUUGAUUGGACCAGACUGCAGCCAUGUCUGAUGACGAGGAGAAGGACAUUUUUGAGGAGCUGAUUGAGAGGAAGCGCUAUAAGAUUGUCAAGUACAUCAACGCCCAGGUGUUCUUUGACAGACUCCGCGAGGUGAAGGUACUCUCAAUGGAUGACACGCAGGAAAUCUCUAGUAAGCCGACACGACGACAACAAGCAGGUUAUUUUCUUGACAUCUUACAAACAAAGGGAGACAAUGGAGUAAAAAAGUUCCUGGAGAUUUUAGAAUGGGAGUAUCCUCAUGUGUUCAAAGAUGUGACAAACAAGGAUGCUAGAGAACCACCCACAGAUUACUUGAAGCAUCGGGAGAGUGUAUACGCAGGCUGGCUGUACAAAUUACCAGAGCUAGCAGAGUCGCUGAAGAACGACUACGAACACAAAAAAGAUCUGAAUGAGAAGUUUCAGGAAAUGAAGGAAGUGAUGAAGAUAGUCCAGGAUAAUAACUUAGAGCUAGAGAGAGAAAACUUGGAGCUUCAAGAGAAGCAGAAAAUGUUACUACUCGAGAAAAACGAGCUAGAGACGCAGCUCGGACAUUGUUUUCGAGAAAAGCAAUUUGCUCAAGACAAGAGCGUGAACGUUUUAGAGAGUAUAGUCGAAUAUCAAAAGGAGAUUAGUAAUCUUAAAGAUUCUCUCCGUGAAGUGAGGCAUGGGCGAGACGCCUAUGUCAAACAAAUUGAAAACAUGAUGGACAACUUUUCUAAAACUAAAGUUGUAGCGCCGUCGAGCGGUAAACGGCUCUAUACUAUGAAAUCCACAGAUUACUUGAAGCACCGGGAGAGAGGGUACAAACAUAUGGGCCGACCGGGUCGCUGGGGAUAGAGUAUGAACACAUCAAAGAUCAUCUUAACGCGAUUCUCCAGUUUAUGAAGACUGACGAUAAUACAGGAUAACACAUAAUUCUCUCUGUGAAAUUUCCAAGAUAUACACUUUUUUGUUUUUCUUUUAUGUAAUUUCUUGUAAUGUACUCCUAUAAAACUUCAUUUUAUCAUAACGUCACAAAACCCCAAUGGCAACGCUCACCUACAUGUACCAAAGAAGUCUCGUUCAACCAGACGCUCGGCUGUCUCCGUAAAACUCCGACGAGCCGCUCGUCGUCGAUUUACAGAGACAGCCGAGCGUCUGGUUGAACGAGACUACUACCAAAGCAACGAAAAUAUCAUUGAAAAAAUAAAAUUUUCUUUAAAAAGUCCGAAUAUUUUAAUCUGUAUGUAAUCUUUUAUUGUGUUCAAUUUCAUAAACGUGUCGAUGCAAUUUCCCUAAAAGGUAUAUAUACACUGUAUUUUACUUUAUUGCGCAAAAACAUGCGCGAUGAAAACUUAAGUCGGCAACCUUUGGCAACUACGACAAAUACCGGUUGUUUAAGGUGCCUCACUACACCUUGAAAUAGUUUUUCAAAUCAGCAGAAAAUUACUUGAUUAUGAUAGAAAGCAUGAUUGAUAAGAAGGAUAUAUGUCAAAUAGGCGAAAAAAUGUGCAAUUUUAGAUAAAAAAUGAUAUUUUCAAAAAUUUCAUUCAGUAAACAUAAACAAAAGCCCCAGGUGGAUUCGAACUCAUGACCUGCUUUUCAGAAGCCUGAUACUUUAACCACUGCGCUAUAACGAUAUACAUCUGAAGCGAUUGAUAUAAACAGUUUAACAAAACAUUUAAAUCGCCAUCUUGUGACGUAGUGUCUUAAAAAGUAUAAGUCUCGGUGUAGUGAAUACCUUAAAGCUGAACACCGCUCGUAAAUAGGAACCGUCACACAGGUACCUGGUAUAUAAACCCUUCGAUUUCGUUACACCCGAUUGCACAUCUGAAACUCGUGGCCGACGUGUAGUGUUCUUAUUUAUAUGCAUAUUAUGUCUGUAAAUAAUGCAAUGACCAGUUCAUUUGAUGUUAGCACUCUCCUGGUUUGAAAAAAAGUGCGUAAAACUAGACAAUUUCAUCGCGACCGAGUAAAUGGCGAGGCAAGAUGUACGUCCACACAGGUGAGACCUCUACAGCGAUAUACUUUGAACUGUUAAGAGGUCUAUGGCUUAUAUAGGGGUGUAGGAAGAGCGGUGCUGCAAGAGAAAUAUGGCGGACAGUGCCUAUUUACGAGCGGUGUUCAGCUUUAAGAUCAAUUCUCUGUAAUUAUCAAAAUUGUAUAUAGAAGUUCUGGCCCGCAUUGUCACCGAUUUUCUUUAAAUUGCAAACACUGAUACGUAUUUAUUUGAUAAGUUGCAAAACGCCAUGAAAUUGUUGCCAAGGGCUGUCAUUGCCAUGGAAACGGACACCACAGAUAGAAAAAUGGCUAAUCUUAACAACUUUAAAUUAGUAUAGAUAGUAAU